CUAGGCGUAGAGGAACCACACCAAUCCAUCCCGAACUUGGUGGUUAAACUCUACUGCGGUGACGAUACUGUAGGGGAGGUCCUGCGGAAAAAUAGCUCGACGCCAGGAUGAUAAAAAGCUUAACACCUCUCAUUCUUAUUACUUUUUCAAUAUGAAAAAGUAAUAAGAAUGAAAAGGUCGUCUUAUUCAAAAACCCAAUUAUGACAUUCCUUCUCUCCCACUUCACACCUCGGAAUGCACCGUUCUUAUUCUUAUAGAGUAGAGAGAAACGCGCUUUCACACCUUCGUAACCCGAAAUGGCUGGGGAGAGGAAAGGUUCCUUUUUUUGAGGAUACCCCCGGAAACAGAUCCAGUGGAGGCGGGGUGGGGCCUGUAGCUCAGAGGAUUAGAGCACGUGGCUACGAACCACGGUGUCGGGGGUUCGAAUCCCUCCUCGCCCACAACCGACCCCAAAGGGAAGGACCUUUCCCCUUUGGGAGUAGGAAAAUCAUGAUCGGGAUAGAGAACCCAAAGCUAUGGAACUUGGGUGUGGGUCUUUUGUCGAAGUGGAAUGGGCCUUACUUUUUUUUUAUUACGUGUUAUCGUGAAUGGACUUAUACUUACAUAUAGUAUGCCCAGACCACCAGCAUAUUUUUUUUGUUUAUAGCAAAAAUGCGUUCCUCAUCAUGUCAUUAAUAUGUUUUAUGUUUGCUCGCGGUAAUUGUAGCCUCUCGGGAGAAUCAAUGACUGCAUCUUUGAUGCACUGCUAGUACAUCCGAGAAUUCUUAAUUGGCUAGUUGUAAAUAGCCCCAGGACUAUGGAACAAAAGAUUCUCCCGGACCUACACCGAGGUAUUGACGGAGAUUUUCAAAUAGCGCCGAACAGAAUGAGAAUGUGAUACGACGAGAUAGAAAAAAAGACAGGGAAGGGGUCACACACUUACUCUUAACGGUCAAAGCGAGCCCCUUCGUUCUGAAUUAAAGAAUGAAGAAUGAAUCCAAUCUCCCCAAGUAGGAUUCGAACCUACGACCAAUCGGUUAACAGCCGACCGCUCUACCACUGAGCUACUGAGGAACAACGGGAGACUCGAUCUCAUACAGUUCAAUUCCCGUUCUCAACCCAUGACCAAUACGAGCUCGAAACUUCUUUCGUAACUCCCGUAACUUCUUCGUAGUGGCUCCCUUCCAUGCCUCAUUUCAUAGGGAACCUCAAAGUGGCUCUAUUUCAUUAUAUUCCAUCUAUAUCCCAAUUCCAUUCAUUUAAUAUCUCUUUGGUGUCAUCGACAUAAGAGAUGUCGUUUCUAGUCUAUCUCUUUCUAUUUCUAUAUUUAUAUAUGGAAAGUUAAAGUUAAAAAAUCAUCAUAUAAUAAUCCAGAAAUUGCAAUACAAACGAAAAAGGGAGGUUUGUGAUGAUUUUUCAAUCUUUUCUACUAGGUAAUCUAGUAUCCUUAGGCAUGAAGAUAAUCAAUUCGGUCGUUGUGGUCGGACUCUAUUAUGGAUUUCUGACCACAUUCUCCAUAGGGCCCUCUUAUCUCUUCCUUCUCCGAUCUCAGGUUAUGGAAGAAGGAGAAGAAGGAACCGAGAAGAAGGUAUCAGCAACAACUGGUUUUAUUAUGGGACAGCUCAUGAUGUUCAUAUCGAUCUAUUAUACGCCUCUGCAUCUAGCAUUGGGUAGACCUCAUACAAUAACUGUCCUAGCUCUACCCUAUCUUUUGUUUCAUUUCUUCUGGAACAAUCACAAACACUUUUUUGAUUAUGGAUCUACUAGCAGAAAUUCAAUGCGUAAUCUCAGCAUUCAAUGUGUAUUCCUGAAUAAUCUCAUUUUUCAAUUAUUCAACUAUUUCAUUUUACCAAGUUCAACGUUAGCCAGAUUAGUCAACAUUUAUAUGUUUCGAUGCAACAACAAGAUGUUAUUUGUAACAAGUAGUUUUGUUGGUUGGUUAAUUGGUCACAUUUUAUUCAUGAAAUGGGUUGGAUUGGUAUUAGUCUGGAUACAGCAAAAUCAUUCUAUUCGAUCUAAUAAGUACCUUGUGUCAGAAUUGAGAAAUUCUAUGGCUCGAAUCUUUAGUAUUCUCUUCUUUAUUACCUGUGUCUACUAUUUAGGCAGAAUGCCGUCACCUAUUUUUACUAAAAAACUGAAAGAAACCCCAGAAACGAAAGAAAGUGAGGAAGAAACAGAACAGGAAGAAGAGGGAUUCACCGAAGAAGAUCCUUCUCCUUCCCUUUUUUCGGAAGAAAAGGAGGAUCCGGACAAAAUCCAAAUCGAUGAAAUGGAAAAGAUCCGAGUGAAUGGAAAGGACAAAACAAAGGAUGAAUUCCACUUGCACUUAAAAGAAGCAUGCUAUAAAAAUAGCCCAACUUCGUUAGAAAUACUUAAAGAAGAAAAGAAAAAAUUCUUCGGGUUUGAAAAAUCCCUUCUUUUUCUUCUUUUCGACUAUAAACGUUGGAAUCGUCCAACGCGAUAUAUAAAAAACAAUCGAUUUGAAAAUGCGGUAAGAAAUGAAAUGUCACAAUAUUUUUUUUAUACAUGUCAAAAUGAUGGAAAACAAAGAAUUUCUUUUACAUAUCCACCCAGUUUAUCAAUUUUCUGGGAAAUGAUACAAAGAAAGAUUUCUUUGUAUACAACAGAAAAAUUCUUAUAUGAUGAUGAACUAUCCAAUAAUUGGAUUUCUACAAAUGAACAAAAAAGAAACAGUUUAAGCAAUGAAUUAAAUAAUAGAAUUACGGUUCUAGACAAAGACAUUUUUUAUAUAGAUGUACUCGAUAAAAAAACAAGAUUAUGCUUAGAAAACAAAAUAGUAAAUUAAUAAAAAAAUGGAUACAUAGAAUAAAUACCAAAAAAGAUACGAGGAGAUUCGACCCCCUC